GCGGAAGGGGCGUGGCUCCGAGAACGGAGAGGCCGGGACCCGGAAGUGCGGGCUCACGUGCUCCCGCCCUCUCGGAGGCCUCGUAUUAGAAUGGCCCUGGAAGAGAAGAACAAACGGAAGAAAAAGAGGAGUGCGCGGGAGGGAGAGAACCCGGAGGACGGCGCUUGUGGGAAUCUGGCAGGAGACUAUGAGGUUGGACAAGUCGCCAGUAGUUUAUUCAGCGGCAAGCGGCCCUCCAGAGGCAGCACGGGUCGGCUGGCUUCCCUCUUCGGCUCUUUGGAGCCUCAGCUUCAACCCGUGUAUGUGCCUGUUCCUGAAGAAACCACCAAAAAAAGGAAACGGGAUGAGGAGGAAGAAAGUUCAUCCCAAAUCCAAAGACCGCUUUUGCAAGAACCUGCCAAAAAAAUGAAACUGAAGAAGAAACUUUCUGAUGCAGACCGAAAGUUGGCAAACAGAGAAAAUGCUUUAGCAAGUGCUGAUUUAGAAGAAGAAAUUCACCAGAAACAAGGGAAGAAAAGGAAAAAUUCUCAAUCUGGUGUUAAAAUUGCCGAUAAAGAAGUACUUGAUGAUGUAGAUCACACAGCUGUAAAUCAAAGAAAGAAAAUUCAAACCAACCAAGAAGAGAGAUUAAAGAAUGAGAGAACUGUGUUUGUUGGGAAUUUGCCUGUCACCUGUAAUAAGAAGAAGCUGAAGUCAUUUUUUAAAGAGUACGGACAGAUAGAAUCUGUACGAUUUCGUUCUCUGAUUCCAGCAGAGGGAAUUUUGUCCAAAAAGUUGGCAGCAAUAAAACGUAAAAUUCAUCCUGAUCAGAAAAAUAUUAACGCUUAUGUUGUGUUUAAGGACGAGAGUGCUGCUACAAAAGCACUGGAAAGAAAUGGGGCCCAAAUUGCAGAUGGAUUUCGUGUUAGAGUGGAUCUUGCAUCUGAGACCUCAUCUAGGGACAAGAGAUCUGUAUUUGUGGGGAAUCUCCCAUACAAAGCUGAAGAAUCUGCGGUUGAGAAACACUUUCUGGACUGUGGGAACACUGUGGCUGUAAGGAUCGUGCGGGAUCAAGUUACAGGAGCCAGCAGAGGCUUUGGCUACGUGCUCUUUGAGAAUACAGAUGCUGUUCAUCUUGCUCUGAAAUUAAAUAACUCUGAACUGAUGGGAAGAAAACUCAGAGUCAUGCGUUCUGUCCAUAAAGAAAAAUUAAAACAAAAUUCAAAUCCUAGUUUGAAGAAUGUCAGUAAACCUAAGCAGGGACCUAAUUUUUCUUCAAAAAAUGCACAACAUUCUAAAACUUUGUUUAUCGGAGAAAAAGCUGUUCUCAUGAAGAAGAGAAAGAAAGGACAGAAGAAAAGUGGACGAACUAAGAAACAGAAAAAACAGAAGUAGCUAUCCGAAGCCUUCUUUGUUUUCCCCACUGACUUCUGGUAAUAAAAGUGUGGUAAAUCCA